AUGCGCUUCACCUCCGCUCUCGCCCUUGGCAGUGCUCUGCUGCAAACCCAGCCAAUUCUUGCCCAUCCAUCCAGUGGAUGCGGCGUGCGUCGGGCCGCCUACAUCAUCACCAACGAGGAGGAGAACUCGGUCGUGUCGAUUCCCAUCGCCAGCAAUGGCUUGCUUGGAGAGGGAUCCAAAAUUGCGACUGGUGGCGCCGGUGGUAUCGGCAUCAGCGGCGCUACGGGCCAGCCGGCCGCUGUCGACGGACUCGCUUCCCAGUCCUCCGUGACCGUCGCGGGCUCGACUCUCUUCGCCGUCAACCCCGGCUCCAACACAGUCACCCAAUUCUCCAUCAACAAAUCCGACCCAACCAAACUAACCCGCGUCGGCCACCCCGUCAAGGUGCCCGGCGAGUUCCCCAACACCGUCGCAGCCUCAACCAAGUACCGCAUCGUCUGCGUCGGAACCUCCGGUGUCAUCAACGGCGUGUCUUGCGCGCCCUUCACCCCGGCCGGCGGCAUCGGCACCUUCGACGCCCUCCGCCCGUUCGACCUCAAACAGACCACACCACCCGUCGGUCCGACCAAUACCGUGUCGCAGGUCUUCUUCUCUAAUGACGAGCGUACGCUGUUCUCCAUCGUCAAGGGUGACCCGCCGCAAAACACCACGGGCUUCUUGGCCGCGUUCCCCGUCGAAGCCGCAUGGGGUCCCGGGGCCAAGGCCUCCGUUAGCGCGAAGGGGACAAGGUCUUCUCCCGAGGGAACUGCGGUCCUGUUCGGCUCCUUCGUUAUCCCCGGAUCCAGCGAUAUCUUCGUUACUGACGCCUCGUUCGGUGCGGCUGUUCUGUCUGUCGGGACUGAUCUGAAGGCUACGACCAAGGGCCGCGGCGCUAUUGAUGGCCAGGCCGCCACUUGCUGGUCCACCUACUCACCGGCCACCAAGACAGCCUUUGUGACGGACGUUGCGGUCGACCGGCUUGUCGAGGUGUCUGUCACGGACGCGUCCAUCCUGAACGUGAUCGACCUCAGCGCUAAUGGCCAGUCUGGGAUGAUCGAUCUCCGGGCUUUGGAUGAAUGGAUUUAUGUCCUGGCCCCGGGGAACAACGUGACUGAGCCUGCUGUGGUGGUUGUUGAUGCUACGACCCGCAAGCAGGUCCAGGUGAAGGGGCUGGGUAGCUUGGGGGUUACUGGCAGGGGGCAGGGUUUGGCUGUUCUGGGUGCUUAA